UGCAGGGAAGCAGAAACCCAGAAAGAGGGAGGGAAGGCAGAAACCUGGAGACAGACCUGAGGCCGAGGCUGCAGCUGUUCUUCCGCCCUUCCCCACCCUCCUCCUUCCCACCCUGCCUUAACACCUCUCUUUAGCCAAAGCCCCCCAAAGUUCCCUGGGGCUCAGCCCUUCUCCCUCUGGGGCCCCAGGUGCCCCUUAGGGCCUGCGUCCCACCAUGUCAGUGGCUGUGGAGACCUUUGGCUUCUUCAUGGCAGCCCUGGGGCUGCUGAUGCUGGGUGUGACCCUGCCACACAGCUACUGGAGAGUGUCCACUGUGCACGGGAAUGUCAUCACCACCAACACCAUCUUCGAGAACCUCUGGUACAGCUGCGCAACCGACUCCUUGGGAGUCUACAACUGCUGGGAGUUCCCGUCCAUGCUGGCCCUCUCCGGGUACAUCCAGGCCUGCCGGGCACUCAUGAUCACCGCCAUCCUCCUGGGCUUCCUGGGCCUCUUGCUGGGCAUGGUGGGACUGCGCUGCACAAACAUUGGGAGCAUGGUGCUCUCCAGAAAAGUCAAGCUGGCGGCCACUGCUGGGGCCCUAUACAUACUGGCUGGUUGCUGCGGGAUGGUGGCCAUCACCUGGUAUGCCGCCAACAUCACCCGGGACUUCUUUGACCCCUUGUAUCCCGGAACCAAGUAUGAGCUGGGCCCUGCGCUCUACCUGGGCUGGAGUGCCUCUCUGCUGACCAUUCUGGGUGGUGUCUGCCUCUGCUCCAACUGCUGCUGUGCUCCCAACAAGGACCCUGCCACCAGCACCCGGCUCCCCUACAAGGCCUCCACAGUGCGGUCCGCUGGCCUCUCUGCCCACCUCCAGCCAGCAGCCUCGGAUGAAAAGGGCGACAUCAGCUUUGGCAAAUACGGGAAAAACGCUUACGUGUAGGAGGCCUGACUUGUGGAUC